AUGGAGAUUAGAGCAAGAAAUGAAGCACCUCUUAUUAAACUAUCAACGGAUCUCAUAAAGACUUAUAAGAAUAUUAAUCAAAUAUACUAUGCAAGAAAAAAGAGUGAAGCAAAACAACAGCAACAACAACAGCAGCAGCAACAACAGCAACAACAACAACAACAAACAAGUAGUAACACAACUAAUAUCAGUACUAGUGGUAGCAGUACUAGUAAUAACACCAACAAUGGAUUUGAUGAUGAAAAUGGAGAUUAUAUAGUACGAGUCAAUGAUGUAUUUGAUAAUCGAUACGAGGUUAAAGGGUCAUUGGGUAAAGGUUCAUUUGGUCAAGUCGUCAAAGCAUACGAUCGAUUGAAUGAGGAAUAUGUAGCAAUCAAGAUCAUCAAAAACAAAACACCAUUCUAUAAUCAAGCACUCAUUGAAAUCAAACUUUUGGAAUUAAUGAAUAGUAAAGAUCCAGAUGAUCAAUAUAAAAUAAUACGAUUAAAACAACAUUUUAAAUUUCAUGGUCAUUUAUGUAUUGUAACAGAGUUGUUAUCAUACAAUUUGUAUGAUCUCUUGCGAAACACCAAUUUUCAAGGUGUUUCACUCAACCUCAUUAAAAAGUUUGCCCAUCAAAUACUCUCGGCACUCUAUUUCAUGUCAAGCCAGGAUGUCAAAGUCAUCCAUUGCGAUUUGAAACCAGAAAAUAUACUAUUAAGAAAUCCAAAAAGAAGUGCAAUCAAAAUUAUAGAUUUUGGUAGUUCUUGUCAUGAAAAUGAAAGGGUUUAUAAAUAUAUACAAAGUAGAUUUUAUAGAUCACCAGAGAUUAUAAUGGAAUGUGAAUAUUCAUAUCCUAUCGAUAUGUGGAGUUUGGGUUGUAUAUUGGUUGAAAUGCAUGUUGGCGAACCUUUGUUUGCCGGCCAAAAUGAAUUGGAUCAAAUUACAAAGAUUGUAGAGGUAUUGGGUAUGCCACCUGUAAAUAUGAUUGAACAUUGUUCAAAAGGGAAAAAGUUUUUUAAUUAUACCGAUAACAAAUAUGUCUUGAGAAAGAGUGAUAAAUUAAAAGAGUUUCAUAAAAGAAAAUUAUCAGAUAUAUUGGGAGUUGAAACGGGAGGACCAAAUGGUAGAAGAAAGGAUGAACCCACCGGACAUUCGGUAGCAGAUUAUUUGGUUUUUAAAGAUUUAAUAGAAAGAAUGUUAAUAUACGAUCCUAAAAAGAGAAUAUCACCACUAGAGGCAUUACAACAUACAUUUUUCCAUCAACCAAACGAAACAAUCCCAUAUCAACAACAACAACAACAACACCAACAACACCAACAAUCAACUGCAUCAUCAUCACCAGCAGUUGUACCCAUUUCAAAUCCACCAUCAUCUUCAUCAUUAACUUCUCAAAAUACUUUAAAUAAUUCAUCAUCAUAUAAUAAUAAUAAUAAUAGUAGAAAUAGUAAUAAUAAUAAUAAUAAUAAUAAUAAUAAUAAUAAUAAUAAUAAUAAUAAUAGUGGGUAUAGUAGUAAUAGUAGUAGUAGUGGAGGUAAUUAUAAUUUUAAUACAGGUUCAAGUCAAGGGGCAAAUGCUCAAGUACCUGAAUCCACUUUAACAUUACCUCCAUUGAGUUCAAUACAUACAACUUAUCAACCAUUCCAAAAUCAUCACCAUCACCACCAACAACAAUCAAAUAGUAAUAGUACAACAACAACAACAACGACAUCUUCAUCCAUACCAACAUCAACCACAAAUCACCACAGUAAUAAUAAUAGUCCAUCCAACAUUUAUUAUAUUAAUAAUAAUAAUGAAGGUAAUAGCGGUAUAAACAAUAUCAAUAAUAAUAAUAAUAAUAACAACUAUAAUAAUAAUCCAUAUAGUAAUAUGUCACCACAACACCAGAAAUCCACUUCAUCAUCUCCAUGUGUUUCAUCAAAAACAUCUACACUCUCGCCCACGCUCUCUUCAACCAGCCUCCUAUCACCGCAACUCAAGCAUACAUCUACCGGCUCAAUCAAAGAGUCGAGUAUUUCCAAUCUUUUACACAAACAAAACACCGAUAUUUUUCAACUCGAUGGCAGCGGCGGCGGCGGCGGUGGAGGAGGAGGUGGAUGCUCAUCGACAAUGCCCGCAUCUGCAACCCCAUCAUCCAUUCCAUCACCCUCUUCCAAUCUUUAUAAUUUAAAUUUAAAUAGUAGUAAUAAUAGUAACAGCAGUAGUAGUAAUCGAUCCUAUCACGAAGAUAGUGGUGGUGGUGGUGGUGGUGGAAAUGGAGGUGGAGGUACAAGUGGAAGUGGAACAAGCUCAAUUUAUAAUAUUAUUCAAUCUUCCUCUUCAAACUCUAAUAAUAAUAAUAACAAUAAUAAUAAUUCAUCUUCAUCUUCUUCUUCGUCACAUAUUUAUAAUAAAGGGAGAUAA